CGUUCCCGCCCAGCCGCGCUCGGCGCUGAGGUGGUGGUUGUGCGGCGGCGGCGGCGACGAGGAGUCAGUGUGUGCGGCGGCGGCGGCACUGGAGGAGUUGCUUUGGAACUGGUGGGUGACCGUGAGAGACAGAAGAACACUUCGACAGCGGAUUCACCGAAUUUAGAUGUCCUCCAGGGAUAGAGAAGAGCAAGAAGAUGAGCUGCUGGCCCUUGCCAGUAUUUACGAUGAGGAUGAAUUUAGGCGCGCAGAGUCCUCGCAGGGCGGAGAAAUAAACGUCUGUUUGGAAUUACCAUCAAGCUUCAAAAUAUUUGUUUACGGCGAUGAAAAGCAGAAUAAGGAGGAUCUGAUUGAAUAUAUAGUUUCCUUUCUGCCCCCUCUUGUGCUGAACUUUGAUCUUCCACCGGAUUAUCCAUCGUGUUCUCCUCCCAAGUAUACCUUGAGCUGCAAGUGGCUUUUCCGAGCCCAGCUCUCUGCACUUUGUACUUACCUGGAUAAAAUUUGGAAAGACAGUGGCAAUUGUGUGGUGCUAUUUUCAUGGAUGCAAUUCUUAAAAGAAGAGACCCUCUCCUUUCUGUGCAUUGAGUCACCAUUGGAAAUCCGAAGAGACGUUAAAGGAACAUCUGAAUGCAUUUUCUCGAAGGGUAAGAAAGAGCUUGGAUUGCCGGAUAAUGCCGAGUGUCCCCUUGACCCGAGGGCUAUCCGGGAUGUGGCCUCGUGGGGUAGCAUCUUGCGUGAGAUCUUGGAUUUUGAUCAGAAGCAGCAACAGCAAACUUUCAAUGGCAAGGCGUUCACUUGUGGUGUAUGCUUUUCUGAGAAGCUGGGGACUGACUGCACAUACUUUAAGGAGUGUAAACACGUGUACUGUCGAGCCUGUAUGAAGGAAUAUUUUGAGAUUCAGAUCCGAGAUGGAAAUGUUCAGUGCCUUAACUGUCCGGAGUCAGAGUGCGCUUCCAUUGCUACACCAGCCCAAGUCAAAGAGCUAGUCGAGGAGGAGAUGUUUGCACGGUACGAUCGCUUGCUCCUUCAGUCCACAUUAGACCUCAUGUCAGAUGUGGCUUAUUGCCCUCGUAGCGUUUGCAGGUCAGUGGUGUUGCUUGAGCCUGGCAGCACUAUGGGCGUGUGUCCAGGAUGUCGUUACGCGUUUUGUGCACUGUGCGAAAUGGCCUACCAUGGAAUUUCCCCCUGUAAAUUAAAGUCAGAGAAACUUUCUGAGUUGCGGGACGAGUACUUGGCAUCGGAUGAAUCUGGGCAAAAACUUUUAGAAAAGACAUAUGGUCGGCGAGUGAUUGAAAAAGCAGUGGAGGAAUUGUGCAGCCAGGAUUGGCUGGAGAAGAACUCAAAGCCAUGUCCACGCUGUGGCACAAACAUACAGAAGAUGAAUGGAUGCAAUAAGAUGACUUGCACGGGCUGUAAACACUACUUCUGUUGGCUUUGCAUUUGUCCACUACCAAGACUGGAUCCAUAUGGACAUUUCAGUAAUUCCAACUCACCGUGUUUCAAUGGGCUUUUCCAAGGUAUCGAGGUUGACGAAGACUUGCUGAGUGAUGAAGAUGACGAAGACAUUUUUUUGUAGUUUUCUGACGUUUGCCGAAGAUUUAUCAUUACACAAAGCUUCUGUGUUAAGCAUUUGAAACUGGCAAGUCGCUUUCACUUCCAGCCUAAUCAAUUGUGGUCAAGAUAUCUCUCAGUGGCCGUCAUAUUAACUACACUGAAAUGUCUAGAUCAUAAUUUGAAUUAUUAUUUUUCAGCUUUCAAGCAUAUGAAGUGGAAAACAGGCAGGCAAGUUUGAGGCAAAAUCAUGUUCUAGCAUUGAGUGGAAACCAGUUGGUGGAAAUCAUUAGUUGAAAGCUGUUCCUGGGAGCCAUUUUCAGAGGCAAUUAACGGCAAAAAAAUGAUGAUCAGUUUUUAAUUCCAGUUUUGUUUUCCACUAUACCAAUACCUCCCCCCAGAAAACUCUUUGAGAAAAUCAUAAAUCUUCACGUAACACUCAGAUUGCCAAAUUGCUAUUGUGGACUUAUUUUUGUGGCCUUUGAUUUAUUGGC